CGAAACCUGCCCUGCCUGGGUCGGACCUCAGUUCAAAACAGCAUAGUUGAGACGCAGAGUUAGAAGAGGUCACUAAGAGUGUUAGAGGGAGGAAUGGAGAUGUGUAAAAUAUAGAAAGCAGAAAGAGAGCAGAGAGAAAGAGGAAUAACACAAGGUCUGAAUAUGGGAGUGGAUUAACAGGCCCAGCAGCAGAUAAGGGAAUCCCCCUCUGUUUCGAAAACACCAUGGAAACGCUGAGUGACAUCAGGCAAGUCUACCAGGACACAGGGAGGGGCAGCAGAGGAGGUAUGUCUUUGCCAAGCCUCAGAGACAACAGGAGACGCUGCAGCCACCGAGAUCCUGCUCCCUCAUCUGGUUUACUGAGUACCAGGACUUCCUGCCUGCCUGUACCCCCUAGACACAAGCAGAGAACAAGAAGUGUGAUUCCUGCGUCACCAUCCUCCCCUGUCCGGCUGUCCGUGCCUGAGCCCAGCCAGUUAAGCCAAUCAGCCCCCAGCAUCAUGGAACCCCUUCUGUGUUCAAACACCAUGAUGCAAGCCAGAGCACACAUCCAGACACGACUUGGUUCUCAAAAUACUUUACAAAAGUUCUCACAAAGCAUCUUGCCAACUCUGCAUCCAAGAACACCCAAACUGUUGGCACCGCUAGGGAGCAGGUGCAGGGAUGUUACGACUCUGUCAGGACUCAAGAGCCAUGUUCCCCUGAAACCCAUCAGCCAAAGUCCACUUUGCUCUAGGACCCAUCUGAGGAGAGAGAGACUUGGAUUUACCAAGGGUGGAAGCGAGGAGAGUGGUUCCAGUAGCAGUAUUAGCAGCCAGAGCUCCAUCGACCUGGAAGAUGAUGAGGUGGAAGACAAAAAUGACUUGACUGAAAGAGCUUCAGUGGAGAGCCAUCUUGAGUUUUUGGGAGGCAGAUUGCCGCAGCAUUCGAACAAUGUGAGCUCCUGUGAAGCUGAUUUGGUGGGGAAGACAAGGCAGCGUUUUAAAGUUCAGCAAAGAUCAAGUGAUAUUCCACCAAUCCACAAAUUAGCACCUGACCUGGAUGGAGAGGCUAUCAAUCAAACAAGAUAUCUCAUUGGCGCCAGGAAAGAUGUAAACUAUUACUGUGGCGAUGAUACUAACCAUGUGAAUUGUACAACCGAGUCUAUUGAAGGUCAGACCUUUAAAAAAUGUAACUAUGCACAACAAGGAGACAUUAUGAAUGCUACUAAAGAUUCUGUGAUUAUCCAUGGGACAACAUAUAACAAUGAGAGUAUGAUGGUUUCAGACUCACAAGUGAAUAACAAAAAUGAUCUGCACAUUAAACAGACAGAAAGAACAUUGCAAGAUUUGCACUACAAAGAAACAUUGGUAGAUAACCUGAUACCUUGUAGGGAGGAUGUAAAGUUGGACCUAAAGACGGCUGAAGAUGAAACUCAGCAUUGUAAUCCAGCUGGAAACGUAGAUGCCCAGAGAAAAGAGUGGAUGUUUAAAGUCUUAAAACAUGUCCAGAACAAAGAGAGAACAGUUGUGAACUGUGAAGUAGAGGUAAAUGUUCAAAUAAACCCCAAGUCCUUCAAAAUGUUAUUACAAGAAAACAGGAUCAACCCCAAUCAGAUAAAGACCAAAGGGAAACUCAAGAAUUCAUCACUAUCCACACAUGCAAUAGCUAAAACAGGACAAAUCCAUGAGCCGAUAAUCAGCAGGGAGAGAGAUGCAAAAGUAAAAUCCAAGCUUAAGUGCAUGAAAGGCCCUUACUGUAAAACUGUCAUACCACCACAACGAAACAAGGUUACUUAUCAUGCACACAGCAAAAGAGAAACUCUUGACAAGAAUAACAACAACAGAGUCUAA